GUGGCCGGGUACCUCUUGACUAAUCGACAAGGUAUUAAAUCCUGCAGUGAUACAUUCUACAAUUCUGUUCGGGUUUGUAACCCAUACAAGGCAACAACAACUGGCCUUACAUGCCAGUGACAGUCAAGGCCCUGCAACCAACCCUCAGGCUAAAGGAAUCAAACACUCAUGGGUUCUCUGACGCGGUUGCUGCCUAUGACUUACAGUAUAGAAGCUCGAUAUGACUCCUCAGUGGUGCGAUCAACGGCAAUCACAGGAAUGGUCACUGCUUCUCCGGUGUCGAAGUAUUAAUGGAGCUACUUACGUGACGCAGCCGCAUUGUGCUACUCAGAUUCAACUGUCAGAGGUAUCUUCAAUGUCGCUCUCAUCCGACCCUCCCAAGUUUCGAGUAGCAAUCUGUGGUGCAGGCAUAGGAGGGCUAGUUCUCGCUAUCACGAUAGGGAAGUUUGCAGGGCGCGAUAUCCACAUAGACUUAUAUGAAGUCCGUGAUGCUAUUACAACUGCUGGGGCUGGGAUCAUAGUCUCGCAGCGCACAACAGAGGUUUUAGCGGAACUCAGCUUGUGUGAAAAAAUCUCUCGUGUUUCGGCAAUGCCCCCUUCCUCCAAUCAUGGUCAUGGUCGGAGAUUGAGGAAAUCCAACGUCCCAAAUGGUGGUUUUGAGUGGUUUCAAUAUAUCUCCAAAACUGUUAAACCAGGGUUCGUUAUGCAUCGGCAGGAGCUCGUCGACAUUCUUAAGCAAAGCAUCCCGUCGUCAUGCACUAUCCAUUUUAAUAAAAAACUCACCAAAUAUGAAAAGCAGUCAUCAGGAUCACUCGCCCUCUACUUUGCUGAUGAUAGUACAUCGACCACCGACGUGUUAGUAGGGGCAGACGGCAUCCAUUCCGCAGUGCGGAAGACACUUUUCGAAACGAUAGGCCCAGACGUCAUAGACCCAAGCAAGAUAAGACACUACAGCGAUCCAUCUUGGACCGGAACGCUUGUCUAUCGCGGCACCUUUCCAGCGGAGAAGCUUUCGAAAUUGGAUCCACAUAACGUAGCUUUGAAGGGUUUCAUGACAUUUUGUGGGAAGGGAAAGCAUGUCGUAUCAUAUCCUAUUUCGCAAGGAACGCGGAUCAAUGUCGUGGCAUAUGUCUCUGAUGAACAGAAAAUUGGCAUGCCUUUUGAGGGCGAUUGGGUUUCAGCUGUGUCUCUAGAAGAAGUUUUGGAAGCAUAUCAGGACUUCGAACCCGAUGUUAAGCACCUUCUGAAUUGUUUGGAAAAUCCCUCGAGAUGGGCGCUUCAUGUGGUAAAUAAAUUGCCGCUAUUCACUUCCGACAGAGUUGCGCUGAUGGGCGAUGCAGCCCAUGCGAUGACGCCCCACCUUGCCGCUGGAGCUGGUCAAGCAAUUGAGGACGCGUUUGUGCUUGGACGCCUUCUUGCCCACCCAAUCACAACAUUGGAUAACGUGCCUGCCGCGCUGAAAGCAUAUCAGGGCGUCCGCCUCCCGUUCACUCAAUUCGUAGCACGUCAAGCGGAACGUACCACAAGCACGAUAUACGAUUUUUGCGCCCUUGGGACAGAUCAAGGCAAUGAACAAGAGAAGAUGGAGAUUCUGAAAGAGAAGAUCGUAGACCUGUGGGACAGUUGGGUAACUGAAGGUGAAGGCGGUGCUGUUGCUGAGUGGGUAAAGGCAGAAAGGCAACUGCAGGAGGGUUCGUCCAAAUAGAUGGUGUGACAACAGUGCAUUGCGUUCACUAGCUCUACAUUGUAGCGGUGCUGGGAAACGCCAGUCCCCGACUCCAAGAAAUGAUGAUGCAUUAGCAGAAAACAGCGUACCUAUAUAUGUCAAAACCAUUCACCUCUGCCGGCGCAUUGUGUUUUUAUUUUAGACGGGCUGACUUUAUAAUCUUGACGGGGUGCGAGACAAUUUCCUGUGAUCGGCAACAAGCACACCAAGAAUCUGACAGAUAAACAACACCUGAACUAUGCUGCAGCAUGAAAUAG